AUGGCUCUCGUCGGCAUGCUGAGCGAAGCUGAUAUCUCCAGCGCUCUCCAGAGCUGCAACGCACCUGAAACCUUCAACCCGAAGAUCUUCAUCGCCAAGUCAGGUCUCAAAAGGAAGACCAAAGAGGAACUGAAGAAGGUCUUCCAGAUCCUGGACCAGAAUAAGAGCGGCUUCCUCGAAGAAGUCGACCUCAAGAUGUUCCUGAAGAACUUCAACCACGGAGCCAGGACCUUAACGGACAUCGAGACCAAGUCCUUCAUGAAAACCGGAGACGCCGACCACGACGGCAAGAUGGGAAUGGACGAUUUCCAAGCUUUGGUCAGAGCCUAAAACGUAGCCGUGCCGCCCAGCAGCCGCUGCGAUAGCGUGUCAUUGUAACCGCUAGAUGUGUUAAUGGGACCCGCAUUAAAAAAGUUACACGCAAACAUA